AUGGUGAUCAGCUUCGGUUGCUCGGCACGUAGAAGGCCGACAUGGAUCUUGGCACUGCUGCUGCUCAUCCUGAUCACGAUGAUUCGAGUCCAUGGCCAGUCUUCUACCUCUGGAUUCAUAAGCCUCGACUGUGGGUACAGAAACACUAGCCCCUACAAGGACAGCGUCAUACGAGGAAUACAGCUCCUGUCCGAUGUUGGAUUCGUCGAGGGAGGUUUGACCCACCAAAUAGCAGCAGAGUUCAUGUCUGGUGCGGUAUAUGAGAGCCAAAAAACCUUGAGGAGCUUCCCCAACGGCUCACGGAAUUGCUACACGCUGCCAUCCACCACUGGUAAAAAGUUUUUGCUGAGGGCCUUGUUUACUUACGGAGACUACGAUGGGUUGAACAGGACUGUGGACGGGACUUUGUUUCUGUUUGGGCUCCAUAUCGGCGUCAAUUUUUGGGAUACGCUGAACUUAACAAAUAUGGAUCCAUCAAACACAUUAUGGAAGGAGGUGCUCACCGUUGCUCCGGGCGACUCUGUGUCAGUCUGCCUGAUAAACUUCGGUUUAGGGACUCCAUCCGUGUCUGCGUUGGAGCUGAGGCCACUGCUAGAUGCGAUGUACCCUUUUGUGAAUACUUCCGUAUCAGUGGGCUACUUUAGACGGAUCAGAUUCGGUGAAGCCACUAACUUUAUCACAAGAUAUCCAGUGGACCCUUACGACCGGUUCUGGGAGCAGUGGGCACUCAAUUCUUACCCCUGGAUCAACCUGAACACUAGCAGUCAAGUGGAGAUUCUCCCUGGCGACGACUACUUCAAUGUGCCGAUGGCCAUCUUCCAGAAGGCCACGACCCUAGACACGAACUACUCCUCAUCGUGA